CAAUAGAAAAUGACAUAGUUCUUUUUGGUUAUUGUUAAGAACAAAGUAUAGGUAAGUACUUGAAGUACUUCAUAUUCAUUUUUUUCCAAAGUAAAUUAAAAAAUAAUAUGACGGAAACCGUAGACCAAGCACUGUGGUGAUUGGACCAGUACCUAUCGAAAAAUGGGGUUGUUGUCGAUGCUGAAACGGUUGCGUUCGUCACCGGACAAGGAGCUUCGCAUCCUGCUGCUGGGGCUGGACAAUGCUGGGAAGACGACUCUGAUGAAGAAACUCGCGUCAGAAGACGUAUCGCACAUAACGCCCACCCAGGGUUUCAACAUAAAGUCUGUGCAGGCGGAUGGCAUGAAACUGAACGUGUGGGACAUUGGCGGGCAGCGCAAGAUAAGACCGUAUUGGCGCAACUAUUUCGAGUUCACUGACAUACUUAUUUAUGUAGUAGACAGCGCAGACAGAAAACGUGUAGACGAAACAGGAUUCGAAUUGAACGAACUGCUCAACGACGACAAACUACUCGGUGUUCCGGUGUUGGUAUAUGCCAACAAACAAGAUUUGGCACUGGCGGCAAAAGCUUCAGAAAUAGCCCAAGAACUAAACUUGCAUCUAAUUCGUGAUCGGCCGUGGCAAAUACAGGCAUGUUCAGGUAUACGCGGGGAAGGCAUCAAAGAAGGAUUGGAAUGGAUCAGUCAAAAUGUAAAAAAGAAGUAAUGAUGUUAAUUUAAUGAAUAUUUUGUUCAUACUCAUUACUAUAGUUUGUUUUAU